AUGUAUGAUAUGAUCUAUCUACAUUAUUUAAUAUUCUUUCCCUUGAUUGUUGCUACGCCUCAAAUCAAUCUUUAUUAUACAGAUGGAGUAAAUGAAAAGGAGAAUGCCGAUACAUUUCAGCAUGAUUGUUUGCGUGUCGGGAUUGUCGAAGUAUCCGAAGAGCACGCAAUAGUAUCUUUCUGUGUAAGUAAACCCUUAUCAAGAUUUCAUAUCGAACCACAUGAUUCUUUUCCAAAAUUUACUUUUGUUGAACUUUCGAAAAAUAAUAUAACAAGUGAACAAUUAUAUCUUUGGUCGGCACCAAUUGAUGUCGUUGAACAGUAUCAAUACUAUUUAAAUCAAUUAUCGAUAUCGAAUAAUGAUCUAUCAAUGGCAACAGAACUGUUCUAUAAUUGUACUUUACCAAGAUUUGGUUCUAUGUGUCAAUAUGAAUUAAAUUAUUAUCAUUCAGGGCAUUCAUCUUUAAAUAAUCUAAUUAUUGAUUACUAUCGAGCCUAUGAAGAUGCGGUGACUAAUCUGACUUGUUAUACGAAUUUAGAAUGCAAUCGUGGUUCUCUGUCGGCAUGUUUAGAUUGGAGUGAAAUUUGUGAUGGUAAGAUUGAUUGUCUUGAUAGUGGAUCCGAUGAAGAAUAUUGUUGGCAACUUGAAAUAAAUGAAUGCAAAGAUAAUGAAUAUCGAUGUCGAAAUGGACAAUGUGUGCCACACUCAUUUAAUAGAGAUGGUUCUACCAAUCCUGAUUGUUUGGAUAAGUCGGAUUCAAUUAUCACACUUUCUACAUCAGCACUAUAUCACCGUAUAUGUCCCAUACCAAUUGGAUGUGGCGAUAUAACAUGUACCGAACAACCAUUCACCAGUUCAUGUACGCGCCAUCGUUCAGAAUUAUUAAUAUCAGCAUUGUUUUCCACAAAAGAUGAUUUAAUAACUGAUAUUUGUUGGUUGGCAAUUCAAUGCACUUUGAGAAUUCCAACUGUCAAUGAGUCAACCUGUAGUAGGCUUUGUUUCAUUGAUAUGUGCAAUAAAAUCAUUGACGAGAACUGUCCAGAUAUUUUCUAUGCUCCAAAUGUACCAGUUAUAUUUGGUCACAUUUAUUUUGCUUAUCAACAAUACAAAUCACAACCUUUAAGCACACGAAAUUAUUGGGGUUUUUAUCUAUGCUCGAAUAAUUCUUAUAAUGAUGAUCAUUUUAUCAAUGGUUCAAAAAUAUCAUUCAGAAAUACAACGUGUUAUCAUUAUAGUAAUGUACAAAUUAUGUAUCGAGGAAUUUUUUACUGGAACGCAGGGUACCGAGAAAAAUUAUUUAAGGAACUUUGGAAAUAUAACCAAGUUUUUAAUUAUAAUUCUACAAUUUGUAAUGCAUCAAAUAUGUAUCAGUGUAUAGAUUCAAUCAAAUGUAUUUCUAGACAUCGUAUCCAAGAUGGUAUUAAUGAUUGUCCUCGAAAUGACGAUGAAUAUCGAAAUGAUACAAAUAUCACUACCAUCAGCGAACACAUUCCAGGUAUAAACCAUGUGCUACCUGGAGAAUCAACAGACAAGCUUUUAUAUGCGAGAAAGAAUAUUUCAUUUCAAACAAUAUGUGAUGGAUUUACUGAAUUAAUGCCAAUAAAUGUAACUGGACAAAAUCAAACAGAUGAAACAGAAUGUGAACAAUGGGAAUGUAAUAAUAUUUAUACUCGUUGCAAUGGCAUAUGGAAUUGUAUUAAUGGUUUAGAUGAAAUUGGUUGUGAUUUAUCAUUACCAUUAAGUUGUUCUUCUGAUCAUCAUUUAUGUGUUUCACCGAAGACACAUCAACUUAAAUGUCUACCGAUUGAAAAAAUCAAUGACGGCAAAAUCGAUUGUUUUGGUGGUAUUGACGAAUUCGCAUUGUGUCGACCGAAGUAUGAAACGUUUCUCAAUAAUAAUUUCUAUUGCGCGAAUCAAAGUCAUUCACAAUCAUGUAUCAGUUUCCCAUAUAUAUGCAGCGAUUUUAUGGGCUGUCCGAAUAACGAGUCCAAACAAUUUUGUCGCCAAAAUCGAACGUUUACUAUGAUAAAUUACCUUUGUGGAGACGAUUUGUUACCAUUUAUCUCUGAUAUUGAUAAGUUUCUAUGUAAUCAAUUAAAAACGAAGACAAAAGAAGCGCUUGUAUAUUUUUUCCUCGAUGGAAUGAACCUGACAGUUGAAGUUCCGAAAGAUACUGAGGAGCAGACAAUAAUACCAUCUUUGAUACUGCUACCGGAAAAUAAUCAUCGUCGUUGUCACCAUGGCCUUGAAAUACGUGUUGGAUUCAAUAACACAAACAACACAACAUGUCUUUGUCCGUCUAGUUAUUCUGGUGAGCAAUGUCAAUAUCAAAAUGAACGUGUAAGUCUGACUAUUCAAUUUCGAGCAAUGUCAGAUUCUUGGCGAACAUCAUUUGCAAUCGUAAUUUCACUUAUUGAUGAUACCGAUGAACGUAUUAUUCAUUCAUAUGAUCAAUUUACCUAUUUAUCAGUAAGAGAUUGUAAAAAGAAAUUCAAUGUUUAUUUACUUUAUUCUACUCGAUCAAAAAAUCGAACAAAACAAUAUUCGAUACAUAUCGAUUUUUAUGAAAAAAUUUCAAAGGCCUAUCGUGGAAGUUUACUCUAUCCGAUUGAGUUUCCAUUUUUACCUGUUCAUCGUUUAGCUUAUAUAAUUGAUAUUCCACGAAGUCGUGACAAACAUCCAAGCUGUUCAACUAAUCCGUGUAUUCAUGGUACAUGUCGACAAUAUUUAAAUGAUGGUAAAACAUGUAGUACUUUUUGUCAGUGUUCAAACGGAUGGUCUGGAAAAUAUUGUACUAUAAAAUUUAAUUGUACAUGUUCAGAUGAUUCAUUAUGUAUUGGUAUUUCUUCGAAUCGACCAAUUUGUAUUUGUCCUAUGGAUAAAUUUGGUUCACGAUGUCUACUUACCAAUACCGUAUGUGGAGGAAAUGAGAAGAAUUCGACAUGUAAAAAUAGAGGUUUAUGUAUUUCAAAUGAUCAACAUAUAGAAUCUAAUUUAAAGGUUACAUGUAUUUGUCCAAUGGGCUUUUCGGGAGAUCGAUGUGAAAUCGAAGAUAAUCAACUUCGUUUAUCAUUCGAAAAAAAGAUUAUUUCAUCGCAAUCAAUAUACAUUCAUUUUAUUCGAAUUAUGAAAAACGAUGCACCGAAAAGAGAAACAAUUUUUAAAACAAUUCCAUUCGUACAAAAUUCAGUGAUUAUCCAUUAUCCGAACCGUUUUCAUCUUGCUUUUGUUGAAUUUCGUCAUGAAAAGUAUUAUUUAGCUGUUCUUCAAAAGACUUAUAACCAAUCUUCAAUAAUAACUAAAACAAUCACUUCAUCUGAUCGUUGUUCACAUAUCAGUGAUAUAUUUAAUGAAACAAUUCUUCAGAUGAAUCUUAUACGUCGUAUAAAAUAUUAUCAUGUUCCAUGUCAACAAUAUUCAUUAAAUCGUUCCUGUUUCUAUGAUGAAACUCAUCUUUGUUUAUGUUAUGAUUAUGAACAAAAACGAUUAGCAAACUGCUUUAAAUUUAAUCAUAGUGUCGUAUUUGAUUGUUUAGGACAAAGCGAAUGUGAAAAUAAAGCCGAAUGCUUUCAAGAUAGUCUUGAUUGUCCACUCAAAACAAUAUGUGCAUGUUCAGAAUGUUAUUAUGGAAAACGAUGUCAAUUUAGUAGUAGUGGAUUUGGUUUAUCGCUUGAUGCUAUUUUAGGUUAUCAUAUUUUUGCUAAUGUUGGAAUAAAACAUCAGUCAACUAUUGUUCAAACCAGUAUCGCAUUAAAUUUAAUCUUUAUUCUAGCAGGAUUUAUCAAUGGUAUUUUAGCAAUGAUUACAUUUACUCAGAAAUCUGUACGAGAAGUCGGUUGCGGAGUUUAUUUAUUCAGUUCAUCAAUAGUUACAUUAAUGACAAUGAUCUUAUUUGCUUUGAAAUUUUGGAUUCUUAUAUUUGCACAAAUGACAACGAUAACAGAUAGAUCAUUUUUAAAAGUUCAAUGUAUUUCUCUUGAUUUUCUACUACGAAUUUGUCUUAGUAUGGAUGCAUGGUUAAGUGCAUGUGUGGCCAGUGAACGAGCAAUGACUGUGGUGCAAAGUACUCGUUUUGAUAAGAAAAAAAGUAAAAAAAUAGCUAAAUUAGUUAUCAUUGGCCUUUGUGUUGUUGUUAUUGGUACAUCUAUUCAUGAUCCAAUUUAUCGACGUUUAAUUGAAGAAGAAAAUGAUGAUGAAAAACGACUUUGGUGUAUUGUCACUUAUCCAGUUGGUUUAGAACGAUUUAAUUCGUUCAUCAAUGGUUUUCAUGUUGUUGCUCCAUUUGUGAUCAAUUUACUUUCAGCAAUUAUUCUUAUUACAAAGAAAUCUCGUCGACAGGUCAAUACUCAAGUUCAUCGAACUUACAAAAAACUUUUACAAGAACAAUUUCGAAAACACAAACGAUUAUUUACUGCUCCAGUUCUCUUAGUUAUUCUUGCAAUACCACGCUUAAUCAUUUCUGUUAUAUCGAAAUGUAUGAAAUCAGUCGAUGACUCUUGGCUUUUUCUUUUUGGAUACUUUAUUUCAUUUAUUCCAACUAUGCUCACUUGUUUUAUAUUUAUCUUACCAUCGAAGUUUUAUAGAAAAGAAUUUCAAAAGUCUAUUACUGAAUACCGAACCAAUAUACAAAGACGUUUACAUAUCAUAUCAUAG